AUGUCGAGCGCUAAUGCUUCCGCGACCAGCAAACAAGCCGAUGAUCGGGAUUUCGGUGUUUUGGACAGAAACAGCUUAUCAUCCGAGGAUUUGCGUCUCGAAAAUAACCCGUCGAAAGCUUCUUUCAUUGAUCAAGAUCACUCGAACAGCCGACCACAAGAAACGGCACAGAUGAGUUCCAUGUUCGUCGCCAAAUGCAUCGUUAAAGGAGAGACUGAAAAAGCUCUGCCAACAACCUUCGAGGUGUGUAAAGAGCACGAUAUUGACACUACCAACGUGACAUUCUGCUACUCGGCUGAUGACAUCUCUAACUCCCCGCACAAUUCCUAUGAGGACCUUAAAGCUCCUUUAGAAGGAGGGUACGGAUGGGUGUGUUGCGUGUGCGUUACCUUAAUUAUGUUUUCAACUUGGGGUGCAAACUCUGCAUUUGGGGUCUUUUUGGCCUACUUUUUCAAUAAUGGGGUGUUUCUCCACGCUACGAAGUUCGAUUAUGCACUUAUUGCCGGAAUGACGGUAGCUUUUGGACAAGGUUUGGCUCCAUUGGCUAUGGUUUUAACCAGAAUUCUGGGUUGCAAAAUGCCCAUGUAUGCUGGAAUUGUGGUGUUGUUUCUCGGGUUUUUUUUGGCUUCGUUUGCAACAAAACUAUGGCACUUGUACGUUACUCAAGGGGUACUUGUGGGAAUUUCGAUUGCCUUACUUUAUGCACCAGCCACAACUAUCAUACCAGGAUGGUUUUUCAAGAAGCGAUCUUUGGCGAUUGGUGUAUCGCUGAUGGGAACUGGCGCUGGAGGCGUCACUUAUUCCUUAGCCGUCAACAAACUCAUAGGAGAGACGGGCCAUCAUUAUUGGGCACUACGUAUGAUGGCGAUUGUAUGUAGCAUCACCCUCGUCGUUUCGGUAACUUUGCUUAAAGAAAGAAAUCCCUCAACUCCCACCGGGUUGAGUUCUCUGUCAAAAGUAAGGCAGCAGUUCGAGAUUGUUUAUUCCUUACAGGUUUCUAAGAUGCCUAACGUUCUUCUGCUUGCCGUGUGGUUUGCUUUUGCUUUAUUUGCCUACAACCUGAUGAUUUUCACCUUAUCACCAUAUGGUGUUGCCAAAGGUCUGAACUCAAAACAGGCCUCACUUUUAACUACCAGCUUGAAUGCUUCGCAGUGUUUGGGUCGACCAGUCAUGGGGUUUUUGGGAGACAGGAUAGGGAAGCUAAAUGUUACGGUAAUUUUGACAACGUGCUUGACUGUUUUCAUGUUCGCCUUUUGGUUAAACUGUCACAGUUUCCUGCAGCUUCUGUUUUUCUCGAUAUGCGUGGGUUCGUGUGUGGGAGUAGCGAAUGUCAUGAGCACGGUUCUAGUUGCAGAUAUGGUCAAUGUGGAUUAUUUCCUGCCUGCAUGGAGUUUAGUCAAUGCAGCUGGCGCUCCUUUCCUACUCGUUUGUGAAGUCGUUGCACAAGCACUCGUCGUUGAGAGACCCACCCAAAAUCCGUACUUGCAUACGCAGGUCUUUGCUGGGCUUUGUUUCUCAGCUGCUUUGUUGCUUAUCAUGCUCCUACGAGAAUUCAAGGUUCGGAAAGUUCUACAAGAAGGUCUCAAAACUACAGAGUUUGAAAUAGAGGACUGUUUAAAAGGUGCAAGAGGUGACCGAAAUCUCGAAUUGAAAAAUUUCGUUGAAGAGCAGGAAUUGUUAGGAAACCUGCUAACUAGAGGAGCAAAGGGGUUUUUACGUAGAAUGUUUUAUCCCGUGAAGGUUUGA